CAUGUCCACAGGCUCGGGCUCCGCGGUCCUGCCCCGUGCCCUGGGGUCUCGGAAGAUCGCCCUACGGAGCCUUAGCAGCCUCUCGGACUUGGACGGCCGCGCGGUCCCGGAGCGGCGGCUUUGCCGGCCCCCCGGGAGCCCAGGGCGAGCGCCGCCGCCGCCGUCCGCACCGUCAGGCUGCGACCCCAGCCUGCGGCCCAUCAUCCUGCGGCGGGCGCACUCGCUUCCCAGUUCGCCCGAGCGCCGCCAGAAGACCGCGGGCGCCCCGGGCUCUGGGUGCCGGCCGGGCUGCAGCCGGCAGCACCGCGUGCGCUUCGCCGAUGCACUGGGCCUGGAGCUGGCUCAGGUCAAGGUGUUCAAUGCGGGCGACGACCCGUCGGUGCCACUGCACGUGCUGUCGCGGCUCGCCAUCAACUCAGAUCUGUGCUGCAGCAGCCAGGACCUGGAGUUCACCCUGCGGUGCCUGGUGCCCGACUUCCUGCCGCCCAUCGAGGCCCCCGACUUCGGCGAGCGCCUGGGGCGGCAGCUCGUGUGCCUGGAGCGCGUCACCUGCUCAGACCUGGGCGUCAGCGGCACGGUGCGCGUGCGCAACCUGGCCUUCGAGAAGCAGGUGGUGGUCCGCUAUACCUUUUCCGAGUGGCGCAGCGUGCACGAGGCGGUGGCCAGGUGGCGCGGACCCGCGGGCUCCCAGGGCACCGAGGACGUCUUCGCCUUUGGCUUCCCAGUGCCGCCCUUCCUGCUGGCGCUAGGCUCCCGCGUGCACUUCGCGCUGCGCUACCGCGUGGCCGGCGCCGAGUACUGGGACAACCACGACGGCCGCGACUACAGCCUCACCUGCCGCAACCACGAGCUGCACAUGCCCCGCGGAGAGUGCGAGGAGAGCUGGAUCCACUUCAUCUGAGCCGCGGGGCCAGGGACCUGGCGCCUCCGCCCCCAAGCCCCACCUGCGGGGGCUCUUCUGGAAGAGGCCGUUGCUCUGCCCGACACUCCAUCCCCAAACCGAAGCCUGACCUCACGUCCUGCUGCAAGGUCCCUUGGCAGGGGCGAUCCCACCAUCUACUUGAAAUGUGUCACUUGGUGUAAAUAGUAGCCUCAGGUGGCCAGAAGGCCGGGUGCGUAACAUGCUGGGGGCGGUGCGGGUGGCCGCUGCGUGGGAGUGACGCGCCCGCUGGGAGCGGCUGUGGCUGGGUGUCGGGGAGAGGCCCGCCGCCCUGGGCCAGCAAGGCCGGCGCUUUUGCACGGGUCGCGAUUGGGUGUCUGUGAACGUGAUAUUUAUUGUCAUUGUGAAGC